AUGAUGAAUGUAAAUGAAUUGAGAAUUCCAAAAACUUUACAUUUUGCAGAUGAGAUAUCACAAUUAAAUAAUAACAAUUUUUCAAAUUCAAUAAUUGAAAAUACUGACUUGGUAUCAUCAUCAAAUAGUAAAACCCAAAUGAAUAAAUCAAGGGCAGUUAAUAAAUUCAUUAAAAGUAAUUCAAAAUUCAUUCAUGAAUAUAAUGAUGAUGAUUUGACAAAAAAGAAAAAGAAUGGGAAUUAUAAGACUAUUAAUGGGAUUGGAAAUGGGAAAAGAAAUGAAAAUAUUAAUAAUAAUUUGAUUUCAAAUGGUAAUGGAAAUAGAAGUCAUGGAUCUAUAAUUUAUGAUAUUUUGGAUUUAUAUAUGUUACCGGAAUCAGCUGAACAACAACAAAAAGAGAAAUCGUUAUCUAUAACAAAUAAAAAGAUUAAUAAAAGUUCAGAUAUAUUAAACAAAUCGAAAAAUCCAACUACCAAUAAGAAUAAGAAUAAAAAUUAUGAUUCAAAAUCAGUAUUAUUGGCUUCUUUGCAUCAAGGAUAUCAUCAAUAUUUUGAUAAUGAUGAUCAAAUAACUAAUUCAACAACACGAACAAAUAAAUCAACACUAACAAAUAAAUCAACACUAACAAAUAGAACCUCACCAGAAAUAUCAACAAAUGGGGGUGCUAAAUCUGAGAAGUCUACAGUUAGAGUAACUAUUGAUAUUGAUAGUAUGAACAAUAAUGAAAAUGAAGAAGUAAUUGUUGGUGGAUCAAGUGGUUGUGAUAUAAUAGGAACCAUAGUUGAUGAAUAUGAAAAUACUACUAUUGAUGAAGAUGAGGAGGAAGAAGAAUUAGAGACUAAAAAUCAUGGUUUUUGGUGGAGAACAACAACUAUGGUUCAUAAAUUGAAAACAUUUAGACAUAGAUCAAUUUCAACAACUUCAAAUGGUGAUAAUAUUGCUUCAACGACAUCUGGAUAUAUUGAUAUUUCAACAAGAAUUAAUAAAAGAAGAGAAUCAGUUGAUGAGAAAUUGAAAAGUAUAUUUAGUGAUGGUACAAUUUGA